AUGGACCAACUCGUCUACCUCAUUGACCCUGACGGGGAGGUAGACAUUGUCCUCACCAACCCCGAUGCCCCCGUCGCCAUCUUUGAUGAAAACCAAUUCGAGCAAGAGGUACCCCAGCCUGCCGUCGAGAACACUCGAGAGGACUCAAGGAGGCCCAGGGAGAAGCACCGGAGGAAGAGAAAGCGGUCAUCAUCACCCAGCGAGCCAACACCAGCCGUGCAACAGACGACAAAAGCCGUGCGUUUUCGGGUUUCUUCCAAGCAUUUAGCAUUGGCCUCUCCCGUCUUCAAGAGCAUAUUGAGUACCAGCUGGCCGGAGAGCGCUACGAUUACGGAGAAGGGCUCAGUUGUGGUGAGUGCUGAUGGGUGGGAUGUGAAGGCGUUUAAACUAUUCCUGCGCAUCUUGCAUUGUCAGCACAAUCUUAUACCACGAAAAGUGUCUAUAGAGAUGCUUGCCAAGAUUGCCUUGAUCACAGACUAUUAUGAGUGCAAGUUUGUGCUGGCAUUCUUUUCAGAAGCAUGGAUCAGAGCCUUAGCGGACAAGAAGCCCUCGAGAUACUCGCGUGAUAUGAUCUUGUGGAUUUGGAUAUGCUGGUACUUCCGGCUUGCCAAGGAGUUCCAAAGAACCACAUUGAUCACCAUCGUGCAAAGCAUGGGGCCGAUACCAAGUCUGGGCCUGCCGAUUCCAGCUAGGAUCAUAGACAAGCUUAACGAAAGCAGAGAGUGGUUGAUUGGUAACAUCCUCAAGAUGCUUUACGAGCGGCGAGAAAUUCUGCUCAAUGAUUUCGAGAGCCGCUUUGGAGAUGUUGGGAAUGAUGUCAUGGGCUUAAACCUGGAUAUGUUUGUGUAG